GAGCUACAUUUUAUAUAUUUUUUUUUUCAGAAUAAUUGAGAUAAAAAAUAAAAACUCAUUCGAUGACCAUAAUUAUUUUCUAUCGCAAGUUUCGUGUCAAUCUUCUGUUUCCUUCUAAUUUCAUAGCUUUACGUCCCCUAAGUCGAUACUAUUGCAGCUGACUGUACGUUGGUUCUAGCGUACAGUUGCCAUCAGAUGUAUUUGAGUGGUCAUGUGCUCACAAAUAUCUGAACACGCCUUUAUUGUCAAGGCGUUAGAGUGCGUGUUCAGAUAUUUUUGAUCAUCUGGCCGCUCCGAUAUAUCUGAUGGCGACUGUACCUAUCAUUUACACUUAGGUAUCUACAUCUUUUUUACCGUACUCGUUUUUGCGUCUUUAUCCAUUGCGUAAAAUAGAAAGAGCUUGGAUUCCAGACGUUGAAACUUAUUUUGUAUUAAUAACAAUUUUGUGUAUAUUUUACUAAUCAUACUAAUUAUUAUGUUACCAUUAAAAUUUUCUUUCUUAAUUAAGACCCUGGACCCUAGAUUAAAAAUAAAAAAUCAACAUCAGCAGAGCCAACUGUAAUUGUAGCACAGUGCAGCAGCAAUGCGCCCUCUAUCGUUGAGUAGCGUAAGGCGAGGCUAGUACCUAUAGUGACAUCUUGCGGCAAGUAGCAGUACUAUGAAGUACAUUCCUAGAGUAAGUUGGUAAUCGACUAAAUAGUAAGACGAUGGCGCCAUCUGGACCCUUUAAAUUGUUGAAAUAAUUAUGGUUUAGGAGCUUAUUUAAAAUGAUUAUUAUUGUACAAUAUUAUAUAGGAUUAAUUCAAUGUAUUACCUACCGAUCUCUUAAUAAACUACCCUAAAACUCGACUUAAACGGCAUAGAUAUUUUGGUCAGAUUUUAUUUAACAUAUUGUGUAUACCUUAUAACCGAUUUCACUAAUUUCUUAUGAUAAUAAAUUGUAUCUUUCUCGGGGAAGAGUCAAUUUUGAUUUGCAAAAGAAAGUAAUCCAAACUGUGAGGUAAAUCAUAAUUAAAAUCGAUCAGAGUUUCGGCGUUGCGUGAAAUUGUGCACAGAGGCAACUGUUUUAUGAACAAAAGUUAUUCCACGUGAUGUUACGUUGGUUUCUGUUAGCUCUAGGUUUUUAUUUAACUAAUGGUCACUAUGAUCCACAAGAAGGUAUUCAAGCUAUUGGACCGGAGCACGACACCAGGCGGAUCUUGAAAGGAACAGAAAUUUCUGACACCAGACCUUAUAUGGUAUACCUCCGACCUGCCAAGGUGACCCCGAACUUAGACCCCAACUGGCUCUGCGGUGGGGUGAUCAUCAGCCCUCGCUACAUCCUCACGGCCGCCGCCUGCAUUGAGGAUGUCACCCACUUCUAUAUAGUGUCCGGAACGCACAGAUGGAUACCGCCAAAAGAGACCAACGAAUGUAUUAAGAACGGCGCCACUAAAGCUAUUUGGAAAUGUGUUCCAAAAACGUACCGUUUCGAUGGCGCCCAGUUCAACAACAUCCGUUGGAUGGCGAACGACAUAGCGGUAGUGAUGACCGCGGAACCGAUCAACUUUCAGAAGCGCGUCAAGGGCUGCGAUUUUAUCCCACAAAUGAUCAAGUUUAACAACGAGAGCGACGAAUACGAGAGUCCAGAAACCUCUGCUUCUGUGGCAGGAUGGGGUUCUACCGAAGAAUUUACAGAUCCCGCCGACGCCAUUGAUUUCGGCGAUGCCACUGAAGCAAUCCCCGUACCCAUAGUAUCUCGCUCCAUUAACUCAGUCCAGCUCAUGGAAGCUGACGUGGAAAUACUAUCAAAAGACAGCUGCAAAAGCAUAUGGCUGCCGCGGUACCACGACAUUAUCGAGGACUAUAUGAUCUGUGGGAAGAACAUCUUUUACGACGAGCUGCAUCAAGAGUGUGAGGAAAACCAAAUGGAGUGUAGAGAGUUGGUAUAUACACCGGAGGAUGGCGGUACUGUCCGGAGACAUCAAAGCAAAAAAUUGGAAAAGCUAGUUUUACAAUCGUUAAAAAGGUUAAAGAUUUUGAGACGAGCGAGACAAAAAUCAUUGAGAAGAGAAGGAAAAGACGUUGGAGGGUUUUGUGAGAACGAUCACGGAGGCCCGCUUAUUACAGGCAAGGGCAAGACCUCAAUGGUAAUCGGCAUCAUAUCCGCCUAUAGAACCCUGAACAGCUCCAAGCGCUGCGUGGGUCCGUUCCUGUACACCAGCGUGUACAAAAACAGGAAUCUCAUCAGCUGUGCUAUUAAUAGGCAGUUGGGAAAACAAUGUAGGACUGUAUUAAGAGAAUCCAGUACGGUUCUAGACGAAGAACAUAUUAAUUGGGGUGAAAAGUACAAGGACGACAGGCAAUCUCAGAAGAAAAAACAUCACAGCAAGAACAAAUCACGAAAAUCCAACCACACAAGAUCUUUUGUACGCCUGACUGCCGUUAAAUUAGUACAAAACGACCGUGAAAAUGCAAGCAAAGAUGUGUCAGAAGCGUUUCUCUCCGGCCUAGGGAUGCUUACGUACAAUAAGAUCAGACGCCACGUCCCGCAGCGGAAACGCAGCGGUCGCGUGCGUUUGGGUCGUCGCGGUAGCGCGAGUGUGAAAAGCGUUGGCACGCUUGGAAAUCAUAGUUCCACCGCACUGCGGAGGAAAAAAUCUCUUAAAUCGAGGAAUUAGGUACGGUACUAACCGGGCAGUGAAUAAUAAAUCAUAUUUUGUAACGUAA